CACUUCCGCUGUCGCCGCCGUCGUGGGCGUGUCUUGCAGUGUCUGCGGCGACAUGAUACAUUUGGGAUCUCCAGCUGACGUAUUUUCGCUCCCUCCCCUUCUUCUACUUUUAAUUCAAGCGUCGUUCUCCAUCUAGCCGUAGAGAACGCAACUUGUUCCCCGCAAAGAGAGCGAGCCGCCCACCGCUUGGAAAAGACCGUCCGCCUCUUCGUCCCCUCCCGCUCCACACUGAUUCACAAAGAUGGAGGACAAGGUGUUUACGAAGGAACUCGAUCAAUGGAUCGAGCAGCUCAACGAGUGUAAACAGCUGACAGAGGGACAAGUGAAGAAUUUGUGUGAAAAGGCCAAGGAGAUUCUUACGAAGGAGUCAAACGUCCAGGAGGUUCGAUGUCCUGUGACGGUCUGCGGCGACGUGCACGGCCAGUUCCACGACCUGAUGGAGCUGUUCAAGAUCGGCGGCAGGUCCCCCGACACCAACUAUCUGUUCAUGGGCGACUACGUGGACCGAGGCUACUACUCAGUGGAAACCGUCUCGCUACUGGUGGCGCUGAAGGUGCGUUUCCGCGAGCGCAUCACCAUCCUGCGAGGGAACCACGAGAGCAGACAGAUCACGCAGGUGUAUGGCUUCUACGACGAGUGCCUGAGGAAGUACGGGAACGCCAACGUGUGGAAGUUCUUCACUGACCUGUUCGAUUACCUCCCUCUCACCGCCUUGGUGGACUCUCAGAUCUUUUGCCUCCAUGGCGGCCUGUCGCCGUCCAUCGACACCCUAGACCACAUCAGGGCACUAGAUCGCUUACAGGAAGUGCCUCACGAGGGCCCAAUGUGCGACCUGCUGUGGUCAGACCCCGACGACCGUGGCGGAUGGGGCAUCUCCCCCCGAGGGGCCGGCUACACCUUCGGCCAGGACAUCUCGGAGACGUUCAAUCACGCCAACCGCCUCACGCUGGUGUCGCGUGCCCACCAGCUGGUCAUGGAGGGUUACAACUGGUGCCACGAGAGGAACGUGGUGACAAUAUUCAGCGCUCCCAACUACUGCUAUCGCUGCGGCAACCAGGCAGCUAUCAUGGAGCUGGACGACACCCUGAAAUACUCUUUCUUGCAGUUUGAUCCGGCGCCUCGCCGAGGGGAACCCCACGUCACCCGCCGCACCCCAGAUUACUUCCUGUAGCCUUUCUUUCAAACUAUUGCCAUGGCAUGAGUGGGCGGAGCUACACAGCAGCACACAUUGUACAUUCACACUAAGACCUAUUUAUGCUUUAAGCAACUAAAAUAAUUGUGUGUGUGUCUGCCAUCAUCAUCAAUAUAGGCAUUUGAUGAUGACUUGUUUUACCAUCACAAAAGUUCAAGCAAAUUCACUCCAAUAUUUGGACUCAAUCCCACAUGCAAUGGCUUCUAACGAUGAUAUAAAUAUUAAUAUGUAUGGCGGAUCUCUUUGCACUUUUGUAAAUCUAAAGAAAUGUAACAUAUGACCACCAGAUAAAGAGAAUAUUUACAUUUUUUUUGCUUUCUAUUGUAUUAAAAAAAGUCCAUAAUAAAGACAAAAGUUUUACAAGAGGUGUGUGUGUGCGCGCGCGUGUGUGUCUGUGUUUGUGUGUGCGCGCGUGUGUUGUGAUGAUGGAGUGUUCAUCCGCACCAACCAUGCCUGUCUGUAUUCAAGCGAGACAUUUAAAAUAAUAAACAUAAAGGUGACUCCUU